AAUGAUCCCAUCUGCAAAAGUGGGGAUAUACAAGCCUCAUGGUGAUGGCAGAGACAGUUAUAUCAUGACUAAUAAUGGAGGCUUUUGAACAACACAUCCUCAUAACUAUAAUCCAAAUUAUACAAAGAACAAUGGGCUGUUCCAGCAUAGACUUGGGAAUAAGGCUAAUGUGGCUAUUUAUCAGCGAGAUGGAGGGGGAAGAGACAGUUACAUCUUCGAUACCAACGGAGGGUUUACGAAUCAAACUUUUACUAACACCACUUUUUGGGAUACUCUGAGGGAUGGAAAUUAUAAUUCAAUAAAGCAUAAAUAUUCCAGUUCGAGUAGAGGGAGAAACAGUAAUUCCUCUUCCAGAGAGGACCAUCUACUUUCAAUGAAUUGGUAUAAUGCAAAAGAGGUUUGAAGACUGAUCGAAGCCAAAAAGUAUCAGAUAAAGCAAUCAAAGAGGCUCUCUCAGCCUAAAUAAAUAUUUCACAAUUGAAGCUAAAAGCUGAGGGAAUUAUGCUAAAUCCGUUUCUCAGUUCAUAAGAAAUGUUGAGGGAAGGAAGACUCAAUCUCCAAAAUCGAAAAUUAGAAAAGACUCUAAAAGAGGAGUUUUUAACCACUGCUCUUUGGAUGGAGGAAGAGAGAACAAAACUCUUCUUCUGAAAGCUCUUGUGGAUACUACUGAGGAUGAUACUAAUAGAGAAAAUGUAAAGGAAGCAUAUCUUCCUUGUACUAAGAGUAAAAAGCAUGCCAAUGUUGGGCAAUUGAUUAAGCAUAAUUACCAGAGUCUUGAAAAGUUUGACUUAGCUAGGAUUAAUAACCUCAGCUCAGAUCAAGCAUGCGGCAGUGGGAAUAGAUAUGCUGUUCGUAAGCUAUUGACGAGUAGUAAAAAGAGAAUUGCUAGAGAACACCUUGAUAUGUAUUCUUCUUAUGGUCAGAAAAGAGAAGAAGCUAGUUGCACUAAAGGAUCCAGAAAGACCGAUAAAUUGAUGCCAACAAUGAAGUUGAAGGACUCAUCAAAACUUCCUAAGAAAUCCUAUAGCAUCAAGAGCAUCAAUAGGAAGAGAAGAAAUUCUAAACGCAGAGGUUCCAAACUUCUCAUGGAUAAGUCCUUGUCCAAGCUACAGUUGCAUAAAUGGAAGAGGUUCUUGAAAGAAAAGAAGGACAAGAAGAAUUUUUCAUAG